AUGGAGGGGCCGGAUCCGGGGUGGUCUCCCCAAGGCCGGUCACCGGGAGCCACCGCGGUGACGGGUGGUGAUGGGCUGUGCUUGGCCGUUGCAGGGGCGUGCCGGCCGUGCAAUGACACCGAGAUCCUGAUGGCCAUUUGCACUAGUGAGGGGUGGUCUCCCCAAGGCCGGUCACCGGGAGCCACCGCGGUGACGGGUGGUGAUGGGCUGUGCUUGGCCGUUGCAGGGGCGUGCCGGCCGUGCAAUGACACCGAGAUCCUGAUGGCCAUUUGCACUAGUGACUUUGUGAUCCGCGGCAGCAUCCGGAGCGUCUCCAACGACGCGGAGCUGCAGGAAUCCGUCAUCGGGGUGAGCGCCGCCCGCAUCCAUCGCCAAAAGUUCCCCCUCUUCCAGGUGGGGGGGCGGCUGGCGGGCAGCAUCCGCACCCCGCUACGCUGCGGGGUCAAGCCAGGCCCUGGCACCUUCCUCUUCACGGGGUGGCUGCAUUUUGGCGAAGCCUGGCUGAGCUGCGCACCCCGCUAUAGGGACUUCCAGCGCAUCUACGAGGGGGCGCGGCGCACGCGCCAGAACCCCUGCAAAUUCCCUGUGGACUGA